AUGCAGGGUCUAGACCGGGAAAAAGCGUCUGCGGCGCGCGGGGCUCCAGGCGCAAGGGGGCGGAGGGAGAGAGGAUCUUUUUGUCUUGUAUACGCACCCCCUUUCCCCUCUGUCCCGGUGCUGCCCAGCCCAAUCGACUACACCAUGGUUUCUAUCAUUUCAGACUUGGACCCCCUGAAAAGCUGGAACGUGUUAAGGCAAGAUGCCACCGACCUCUCUGGACCAAUACAAAGGUAA